AUGUGGCUCGGCGAGGGUAAUUCCAAUUCGUGCUUGCCGACUUUCGCAGUUGUUAGCGAGUUAGCGAAGGACCGGCUCACAAGCGGCGAUAUAAUAUUUUCCGCGCUGGAUUUCUGGACCGUAAAAAACGUCACCGGUCGUCUUCUGGUUGGCUUACGUUGGAGGAAUUACGUGGAUGAAGAUGGAAGCAGCCAUUGGCAAUUCGAGUCCAAAAACACGAAGACAGAACAAAAUGUCGUUGAAACUCAAAUAUUUUGGUUCGUCUUGAUUUUUUUCCCAAUGCUUUGGACCAUAUUCUCUCUCGUCGCUUUCCUGACCCUAAAAUGGACUUGGCUGGUGGUCGUACUUUUCGCCACAGCCAUGACCGGUUCUAACCUUUAUGGGUAUUUACGCUGUAAGUGGCAUUCGCGUCAAGAACUACGUUCGUACGUUUCACAGAACCUGCUCUGGAAGGUAAACGGUUUAAUAUAUGCGGCAAUGAAUUCUGAAAGCGAUCCGUGAUG